AUGGAUGUACGGAGGAGGAGGUCGGAGCCCCAACCUGCUGAGGGUGCUGAAGGGCCCGAUCAUGGAUCCCAAGAGGGAGCCGAUUCCAAAGCCCGCGAAGGUGAUGGAAGAAGAUUGAUGGCGAUUGAAGACGCCGCUGAUGCUGCCCGAAAAGGUGAAGCCAAGGAGGACGCCCAGACGGGAGCAAGAUUGAAAGAUUUCCCAAAGGGUGAAGCCAAGGAGGACGCCCAGUUGGGAGUAAGAACUGCUGCCCGAACAGGUGAAGCCAAGGAGGACGCCCAGACGGGAGCAAGACCAAAAGAUUUCCCGGGUGAAGCCACAGAGGACGCCCAAAAGGGAGUUGAUGAAGGAGCCUCGAGGACGACAGAAGCCCCGAGGACUGGCGGGAGUGUGGUGCCAAAUGGAGGGGAGGGUGUUGGGGGUGGGGAGACGCCAGGGAGAUCGUUUUUCACACCAACGGCAAGGGGAGGGAAGGUCACAGAGACCCCCAAAGAAGUAGCAGUCAUGGGACCAAGGGGGAAGCCUCAGUCCUUUGGGCCGCUGUUCACCCCUGAGCAAGCAGCCAAGAUGGAUGCGCUGCGAGCCCAAGCCCCACUUCUGGACACAGCACGAGCCAGAAGAGAAUGUGAAGAGGCUGCAAGGCCGAAGUUCCUGGAGGACGCACAGAGCAUCCCCAGGGUUGAGAAGUUCCUGGAGGAAUCACAGAGCAUCCCCAGGGUUGAGGAGAUGAAGUCCUACGAGCGAGAACUCGAUAGGAUGCAUGGCUUCAUGGAUGAUGUGAAGCUUCGAAUGGCAGAGCAGCAGGAAGAGAAGACCUUGCUGCAGAAGAUGUUGUUUGAGACCGCUGAGAACGAAGCUCACUGGCGCUCAGAGAAUGCCGAGCUUCGCAGGGUGGUUGAAGAGUUGAGGAGGCUGAGACCCCCAGAAGACGAAAGGAGGCUGAGACCCCCAACUGAGGGAAGAAGGCCGACGCCCCCACCAGGAGUUGAUGUUGAGGACAGGUGGAUGAAGACACCGUGUCCGCCCCAUGAGAUCGCCAUCCACACGCCGCCUUCACCCCCGGAAGAUCCCUUCGCCACGCCAGAGGAGCCCAGAAGUGAGGAGGUCAAGACCGGAGGCAGAGAUGGAGGAGCGGGUGGUGGAAUUAAGGAUGAGGAGAGAGAGAUGUCCAUGAAGGCACUCUUGGCAAUGAUGAGGAACAUGCAGGAGAUUCAGAAGAAGAUGCUCGAGAGAGAGCUGAAGGAUAAGGAUGAGGAGAAGGGAUUGGCAGGAGGUGUGGAAUGGGUGCGAGGACAGCCAGAACUGCCUCGUCUCCCACCAUGGCAUCAUGUCAAUGCCCCCAUUGACCUGAAUGACUGGCUGUCGUUGGUGGACCCCGUGAUGUCAGACCUCACCGCGACGAGCCUGAAGUGGUGGCAGCUGCUGGUCCAAGAAGCCCAGGCAUGGUAUGCCACCCACCAACAGAUGUCCCCGAUGGAAAGGAUCCAUCAUGAAGCCCUUCCCAGCAAAGAGCUGGAAGACCCAAGAUGGACGCGGCUUGAGCGCCGUGCAAGUAUGAUGAUGCUGCAGGCGGUGCCAGAGGCACAACGUGAGGAGAUGGUGAGCGCCAAACGCCUGACAGUGAUGAAGGUGUUGUGUCACCUGCUGGUGACAUAUCAGCCAGGAGGAUUGGCUGAGAAGGAAGUCAUCCUCUCCAAUCUGGAGAACCCGCCUGAAGCACAGACGGUGCCAGACGCACUGCAAGGGCUCCGGAAGUGGAUGAGAUGGAGAAGAAGAGCAGGUGAGUUGGCUGUGUCCGAGCCGGACCCGUUCAUCUUGCUAAAGGGGCUUGGCAAGGUGGUCAAGAAGAGCCUCGAGAUGAACAAGGAGCUGAGCUUCAGAGUGAGCCUGGCAAGGAACAACCUUCAGGUUGACAGCAACCCCACAUCCAAGUCGGUUGGUGCAUUUGCAACGCACCUGAUGGCCGAGUUAGAGCAGAUAGCACACCUUGACCCCCACACCGGCAUGCCCAAGAAGGCAACCCCCCCGAGAGAGCAGAACCCCCUGAAGCAGGAGCCCAGGCUGAAGAAGCUCGAAGGGAAGGAGGCUGGUGGAGGAUACAAAGGAGAUGGGAAAGGCAAGGAUGCCAGACCCGGAGACGUUUGCCGUUUCUUCCUGACGGAGCACGGCUGUAAGAAGGGCAAAGGUUGCCAAUGGCAGCACCAGGUUGAUGACCAGAAGAGGUGCUGGAACUGCGGUGGAAAAGACCACUUUGCAGACAAGUGCCCAAGACCUUCGUUCAGAAACCCCGAAGGGCAGAAGGAGUCCAAGGGUGAAGGAAAGGGUGCACGAAGCUUGAAGAAGAAAGAUGAAGAUUCCCCAGAUGGGAAGAAAGAGAAAGAAGAAGAGAAGCCAAAGAGAGAAGAUCAAGAUGCCGAGAGCGGCAAAGGACAGGUGAUCAAGGAGUUGAUGGAAGAAGCCAACAGGAUGCUCAGAAAGAUCACCAAAGAAGCAGACAGCAACAAGGAGACGAAGAUUGACCAGCUCCAGAAGCAGCUGGAUGAGCUGAAGUCCGUUAAGGUCCUCAGACUGGCAAGGCUUCAAGAAGGAGGUGCCAGAGGCCUUUUGGACUCAGGCGCAACUCACCCAUUGAGGGGGAGGCGCGAAGGAGAGAAGAUGAAGGGCUACAAGGAGGUGACAGUCUCCUUAGCCGGAGGAAAGGAGGCCACACUCCAUGUGACCAAGGAAGGCAUCAUGGUGGCCAAGAACCCAGGCACAGAGCCGAUCGUGCCAAUGGGGAUGGUGGUAGAUCUUUUGGGAUGUAGGGUUUCCUGGGAUGAAGAUGAAGUCCGUGUGACACAUCCCAAGAAAGGGAAACUGGAGGUGGUUCUUCGUGGAGGAUGCCCUGAAGUUUCAAGAGACGACGCCCUGAUGCUCAUCGAGGAGAUCGAGGAGAAGGUCCGGUCCAUCAGGCCGAAGACACCACAUGAGCAGGAGGAGCAACAAGCAAAGCAUGAGGAGAUGGAAUGGUUACAAAGGAUCCUGAAGGAGCACCCAGCCUUCAGGAAAAUCCCAGAAGAUCUGAGGAAGAAGAUCCUCGAACCACCAGCAGAUGAUGUUGCCAUGUGUGGCAAUCGAAGACAGAGGAAGAAGUGGGCUAAAGAAGGCCUCAUUCUGCAUCUCUAUGCAGGUAAAGACGAAGGGUAUACGUUCAGACGUGCCUUUCAUGAAGUGGGGGGAGACAAGAGUUUGGUCCUCGAGGUGGACUGUCUCAGAGACCCCAAGUGGGACAUGCUGCCUCAAGGCAAAGCAUUCCCGGCGCUGUUGCGCUUGGCACUCAAAGGUUGGCUGAAGAUGGUGAUGGGUGGACCCAAUUGCCGUACAAGGAGCGUCUUGCGGCACAGACCUCUCGGUGAGAAGGAAUGGGGACCAAGACCCCUGAGGAGUUGGCAUGAAGACCAGGAAUGGGGGAGGAAGGAUCUCACCGAAAAGGAGAGGCAGAGGGUCGAAGAAGAUGACAUCCUGAUGCUCAGGAUGAUCAUGCUGUUCGUCGUGGCGGAAGAAGUCCGGAAGGUGAACGGUGUGAAGACACCCACUCAGUUCGCCAUCGAACAGCCAGCGGUGCCAAAAGAAGAGGAGGUGGUAAGUUGGUGGAAGACAGGGAUCUGGAAGAUGAUGGUGAAGAUUUAUGGCUUCAAGGAGUCCACCUUCGACCAAUGGAAUUGGGGAGGCAAGGCUCACAAGCCGACGACGGUGGGAGGAACCAUUGAAGUGGAAGCUCCACCAAGGAUCCCAGGAGGAAAGAAGAGGGAGGUUAAAGGAAAGACCCCAGAAGAGCUGCUGAAGGAAUCAAGGCAGUUAGCCCGAUGGGCGCCUGGCAUGAUGAGAGCCCUGGCAGAGCAGGUGGUGGAGAAGGUCUGCGGCAGAAAGCCCAAGAUGAGACCACUCAGCUGGGACGAGCACGUCCGCGCAAACCACACACCCUUCAGAAGGGAUUGCCGCAUUUGCCAAGAAGCCAUGGCAAAAGCAUCACCACACCGCAAAGCAGGACAUGCCAGAGCAGGGGUGCUCUCCCUAGACCUGUCUGGACCCUUCAAGAGGGCCAAAGACAUUCUCAAAGGAACUCACGCCAAGUUCCUGCUGGUCGGGGUCUAUACGUGGAUUGAUCCACGACCCGGUGGCCACCCUGCCCCGGAUGAAGAGGAGGUGGAAGUGCCAGACGAAGCACCAGACCUUGAAGAAGGGGAUGGGGAGGUGGAUCCAGAGAAGAGACCCAGAGGACGGCCAAGAAAGGAUGACCUGGCGAUGAGAAAAGAAGAAGAAGAAAGAAAGAAGUGGAAAGAAGAAGGAGAUGCCGAGAGAGCGGCAGAAGAGGCCCAGAGGCCACAGAGAGGAGAGCCCAUAGAGGGUGGAAUCUUCAAUGACACAGAUGAAGAAGAGGCGGCGAGAGUGCCGGCCGAAGAAGAUGCAGGCAGGGUGAGUGAGCCCGAAGAAGACGCUGGCAGGGUGAGAGAGCCCGAAGCAGCACAAGCAGAUACAAGCAGGGUGAGAGAGCCCGAAGCAGCACAAGAAGACACACACAAGCAGCCAAAGCCAACAGAUGGCGAAGAAGAAGAAGACGAUGGCGGGGUGAAGAUCCGAUACUGCCGGAUGGUUCUACCCAUAGCGACGAAGCUCGCUGAGGACAUUGUAAGAGCAGUGCAGCUCUUCUACCUCCGCUUGAGGACGGUGAUGAAGAACGUCCAAGAGCCCAUCACCGAUGAAAAGUGGAUUGCAUUGGAGAAUGAGACCAAUCCAGUCCAGGUGAGAAGAAGGCUAAGAAGCAAGAUGACAGUCCGGCAGCUGAAGGCUCCCAAAGAAGAGGAAGAGGAGGAGGAAAGACGCGUGAAGAUGAGAAGGAUCCAAGAAGUGAUCCGAGAUGAGAUGGGCAGAGUCAUGGAAGAUGACGAAGCCAAUGUCCACAUCACCAUGAAGGAGCUCUGGAAGUUGAGGAAGUUUUCAGAGGAGGAAGCUCCAGAUGAAGUGCUCCAAACAAAGGUGGUGGGGAUGCAAGAAGUCAGAAGGGACUUCCCCAAAUGGAAGGAAGCGGUGGAGAAUGAGAUCAGGUCUCUGUUUGAGACGAAGGGUGCUCUUAGGAAGGUUUCGCCAGAGGAGAUGGAGGAGAGGAAGAAGAAGGGCGAGUUGGACAUCAUUCCGUCCAAGCUCGUAUGCACCUUGAAGCCUGAUCCCACCAAUCCAAAGGGGAAAAGAAAAGUCCGAAUUGUUGCCUGCGGCAACUUUGUGACGGCUGAAGGAGCUGACAAGAAUGAGCUCUUUGCGUCAGGCUCAGACGCCAUAGCCGUGCGGCUGGCUGUAGAUGAAGCAGCCAAAAGAGGAUGGUCCGGGAAGUCAAUGGACAUCCGAACGGCGUUCCUGAAUGCGCCGAUGGAGCUUGAUGAGGAGGCAGAAGAAAGGAAGCUGAAGGAGAAGGAAGAAGGAAAAGGGCCAGAGGAAGGAAGGACAGAGGAGCUCCGAGCACACAGAGUGCUGGUGAAGCCGAUGUUUCUCAUCCAGAUGGGACUCGCCAAGCCUGAUGAACUGUGGGAGGAGAUCAAAGAAGAUGAGGAGAAGAUGCUCCGCUGCACAGCACUCACAGACAAUCAGGCAGCGACCAGCAUCCUGUCUGACCCCCAUGGCAGUUGGAGGACGAGAUACCUCCGAAUGAAGGCCAAGAAUGUGAGAUGGAGGAUUGAGAAGGCAGACUGGAUGGUGAUCCACGUCCCAGGGGCACAGAUGCCUUCUGACAUGGGGACGAAAGCCCUCUCAGCCCAAAGGUUUGAACACCUGAAGAAGCUGGCAGGCAUGGCAGGACUGCCAAAGAAGGAGAAAGCUGAAGCCCAAGCCAAAGCUGAAGCCAAAGCUGAAGCUAAAGCUGAAGCCAAAGCUGAGGAGACAGAGGAGAAGACAGAAGGGGCGAAGACGAUGAAGGUCAAGGCCCAGACAGAGGAGAAGCUCAAAGAAGGAGCGAAGAUCCUGCAGAUGAUCAUGCUGAUCUCUCAGCUGACGCAGACAGAAGCACAGCCAGGAGAUGAAGAAAGAAGGCCAUAUGGUCCUGACUGGAUCUUCCUGGUGCUGCUGGCAUUUGCAGCACUAGGCCUGGUGGCGUGCAUUCGCUGCACGGUGUUCUUCGUGCAGUGGCUGAUGGUGAGGAUCCGCCUAGCAGAGGCGAAAGACCGCAUCCGAGCACGGCAUGCGAGGGAUGUGGAAAGACAGCAGCAGAAGGAUGAAGAAGAAGAAAGAGAGGAGGAAGAAGCGCUGUGGCGAAGAGUGGCAGAAGCCAGGAGUAGCCACGCCGCUGAAGCGAAAGCACAGCCAAAGAGGCGAGCAGCCAAGGCGAAGAUGAAGCCGAAGGCGAAAGCGAGGGCAGCAGAAGAUGAAGAGGAAGAUGAAGAAGCCCGAAGAGAUCGGGAAGAGCUGCGACAGAGGUCUAUGGCAUGUGACCUGGGGUAUGGCCGCGGGUUUGGAGCAGCCAGCUCCGCUACCAGCAGCAUGCCGCUGUUGGGUGGUGGGAUGAUGAUGGAGGUCGAGCUUGACCCAAAUGAGGAGCCGGCCAACGUGGUGGGAAAGGGCGACCUGAUGGCUGCCAAAGGAAGAGCGAAGGGAAGCCGAGAAGAUGGUGGAGGUGGAAAAGGAAAGAAAGGCGGCGGCGAUGAUGACACGCACAACGACUUGUGCACAGCCGUUUUCGAGCUCAAAAAGCAGCACAGAGCUGCGGAAGCUGCCCUGGGACCUGGAGGUUGGUGA